AUGCACACAAUGGCAGGCCGGGUUUUGCAUUCCAUUGCCUUGCUGGCGGCAUUGGCACCUACCGUUUGGUCCGCCACGACUUGUGGAGGGGGCAAAUUGUGCCCACAAGAUACACCCUGCUGCUCACAGUAUGGCGAAUGUGGUGUUGGCGCCUACUGUCUAGGAGGCUGCGACCCCGUCAAUUCCUUCAGCAUCGAUGCUUGUGUUCCCGCACCUGUCUGUCAAUCCAAGACAUACAAAUUUGACAACCUGGAUGGAGUGAUGGCCAACACCAAGUACCUUGGUGAUUCCAGCAAGGCCGAUUGGGUUUCGUCCGGGACGCCUCUGUCCUACAAUGGCCAGGUUCUGUUGACCAUGGCUGAAGAUACGGUCGGCACGCUGUUGGCUAGCACACACUAUGUUUGGUAUGGAAAAGUCUCGGCCAAGCUGCAAACCUCGGCCGGCGCCGGUGUGGUGACUGCCUUUAUCUUGCUGGGCGAUUCGAAGGAUGAAAUCGAUUUCGAAUUCGUCGGUGUCGAACUCACGACUGCCCAGACCAACUUUUAUUCUCUGGGUGUUACCAACUAUAAUAACGGCUACAAUGCUACCGUUUCCUCCGACGUCCACAAAAACAUGCACGAAUACGAAAUCGACUGGCAGCCUGAUACCAUCACCUGGUCCAUUGAUGGCAAGGUUGUGCGAACUCUGAACCGUGAAGAUACCUGGAAUGCAACGGCGAACCGCUACUCUUACCCUCAAACUCCCGCCCGGGUGCAGCUGUCACUUUGGCCCGGUGGUCUUGCCAGCAACGGUCAAGGUACGAUUGACUGGGCCGGCGGUCUUGUGCAAUGGGAUUCGCCAUACAUGACCAACGGGUACUAUUAUGCAACCUUUGACGAAGUGAGCGUCGAAUGCUACGACCCUCCUACCGGCGCCAACAUCAAGGGCAACAAAACCUACAUCUACACCUCGACUGAUCUGACCAACGCCACCGUGGAAAUCACCAACAACAAGACCAUCCUCAGUUCGUUUUUGGCUAGCGGACUCAACAUGUCGGCCGGCGCCGCCAGCGGUACGGCCAGUGCAAGCGGCUCCACCAAGACCAGUGAUGUGGCCACUGUCCCUGGUCUUACCGGAGCAGGGCCCGGUAAUGAUGGCCAGCGCGGUAGCAAUUCCUCGGACAGCAGCAGUGAUAGCGACAGUGGUAGUGAUUCAUCGGAAAGCAGCACGGCCUCUGCCACGGGCAGCGCCUCGACAGGCUUUGUUCAAGGCGAUGGUGGCUCCUCUUCUGGCAAGAACGGCGCGGCUCAAUAUGGUGGCAACAGCGAGUCGGUGCUUCGAGGCAGCCUGUUCGCCGUCGUUGUUGCCCUCGUGGGUCUCUGCGUCUUGUAA